CCGGCGUUCAUUUUCAACCUGCAGAUUCUUUUUCCCGUCCCUCCUUUAGUCCCAUGUUGACCCCCUCCCUGUCGAUCUUCGAACACUCCGAUCGGAGUCUCGCAUAAAUGGCGGAAGUCGAAAACGGCUCUGUCAAUGAGCCCGCCCAAACAUCCCCAGCCGUGCCGCAGGCAGACAACAAGGAUGCGGCUGCUGUAUUGACACAGUCGGACGACUCCGUCCUACAAGACAAACCAAACCUGCCCGCUGAGUCGGAGCGUCAACAGAUUGAGACAGAGCAGUUGGAGAAAAAUGUUCAGUCAACUACCGAACCAGAGUCCACUGCAAACCCGGAGUCAGCCGACCAGAUCGCAACUCCGCCAGAGGAAGCCGUCGUACCCCAGAUUUCCGAAAACCAACCAGAAUCUGAGUCAAACCUGAAGGAAGAAGCUCUCGGGGGUCAAACUGAAGAUGCCGCCGCCAACAUCGAGAAGGAAACCCCCGCCGAAAGACACGAUGUUACCUCGAUACCUCCUCGCGAUGAGCCUGGUCCGGAUACAAGAAUGCGCUCGGACUCGAGGUCCACUACGGCCACGGUUGCGACACAACGCUCUGUAACACUCAGCUCCACCGUCUUCAUAGUCAGUGCUUUGGAUGCGAUUGGCGCUUCGAAGGAAGCGCGCAGGAGCAGGGAACUGGAGGAGGCUGUCAAGAGCGCGCUCAGCAAUGUCAAACAGUCGGAUGGCCAGCCGAUCGACCCUGAGGUCAUAUUUCGUCCACUCCAGCUCGCCACCAAGUCGCUCAGCAUUCCUCUACAGGUCACAGCGCUUGACUGCAUUGGAAAGCUUAUCACAUACUCUUACUUCGCAUUUCCAUCGGCUCAUGAGAACAAGACCUCAGAGGACGAAGCCAGCCCGGAGCAACCGCCCUUGAUUGAACGAGCCAUCGACGCGAUAUGUGAUUGUUUCGAAAAUGAAGCUACACCAGUCGAAAUCCAGCAGCAAAUUAUCAAGUCACUGCUGGCGGCGGUCCUCAACGACAAGAUUGUGGUACAUGGAGCGGGUCUCCUCAAAGCUGUCCGUCAGAUCUACAACAUCUUCAUAUACUCCAAGUCAUCUCAGAACCAGCAGAUAGCCCAGGGGUCAUUGACACAAAUGGUCAGCACUGUCUUUGAUAGAGUCAACGUAAGACUUGAAUUGAAGGAGCUGCGUUUGCGAGAGGGAGAGAAAGGGCAAGGUGGUUCUUCGGACAAUGUUACGCUGGAGGCGGCCGACGCGCCUCAUGAGGAUGAACAUGUGUCUGACGAGCCUCACGAUGCAAGCUCUGAUCACCCUGUUUCGAAAGAGCCCGGGGAGAAGCUCACUCUGCAAAGCUUCGAAUCGAACAAGGAGGUUACCACAGUCAACGACAAUGCCCCAACGAUGGUCACUCGCGCUAGACUCAAUCAAAGACCGGCUCGGUCCUCUUCAGGGACGUUCACAGAGGAUGGUGACAGCACCGCUGACGAUGACGAAGAUGAAAUCUACGUCAAAGAUGCUUUCCUCGUCUUCAGAGCUCUCUGCAAGCUGAGUCACAAGAAUUUGAAUCAUGAUCAACAGCAGGACCUCAAAUCUCAGAACAUGAGAUCGAAGUUGCUAUCCUUGCAUCUUAUUCAUUACCUCAUCAACAAUCAAGUCAACGCCCUCACAUCUCCGCUCUUGACAAUCAGGAACAGCUCCAGUAGCUCGGGUAGUUCGGAUGCGAUGACAUUUCUGCAAGCUGUCAAGCCUCAUCUUUGCCUGAGUCUGAGCCGGAACGGAUCUAGCUCAGUGCCCAGGGUCUUCGAGGUGUGCUGCGAAAUCUUCUGGCUUAUGCUGAAGCACAUGAGAGUAAUGAUGAAGAAAGAGCUCGAGGUCUUCUUAAAAGAGAUUUACUUGACUAUUCUCGAGAAGCGCAAUUCGCCCGCUUUCCAGAAACAAUACUUCAUGGAAGUACUUGAGAGAUUGGCCGCGGACCCGCGCGCUCUUGUUGAGAUCUACCUCAAUUAUGACUGCGAUCGAACAGCUUUGGAGAAUAUUUUCCAGAAUGUCAUCGAGCAAUUAUCGCGUUAUGCAAGUAUUCCUGUUGCGGUCACUCAUGCUCAACAGCAGCAAUAUCAGGAGCACCAUAUCAAGAUCUCGUCCGUCGGGAGUGACUGGCAUCAAAGUGGAAGCUUUCCCCCUUCGCUGACUACGGCUAAUGUAGCCAAUGUCCAACAACCGAAUUUACAGAACGUACCCCCCGAGUAUACGCAGAAGAAUCAGGCGGUCGUGUGUCUGGUUGAGAUUCUACAAUCAUUGGACAACUGGGCUUCGCAACGUCUAGUUGACCAGUCUGCAACAGUGCCUCAUUCAUCAUCUCAAAAGUCGAUCGACAACCCCAGAGAUUCGAUCGAUAUGAACACCGCGUCGUUUCUUUCGUCGCCACGGAUUGAGGGUACCGAGGGCACUACCACUCCGGUAGCAGAGGAUGAUCCAAGCCAAAUUGAGAAGGUCAAGCAAAGAAAGACUGCUUUUACAAAUGCUGUGCAACAAUUCAACUUCAAGGCCAAGCGCGGGAUCAAACUUUUCAUCCAGGAGGGUUUCGUGCGCUCCAAAUCCCCUGAGGAUAUUGCUGCCUUCUUGUACCGGAAUGACCGGUUAGAUAAAGCAAUGAUAGGAGAGUAUCUCGGCGAAGGCGAUGCCGAGAAUAUUGCUAUCAUGCAUGCCUUUGUCGACAUGAUGGAUUUCUCAAAGCGGCGCUUCGUUGACGCUCUUCGCCAAUUUCUACAGCAUUUCCGCUUGCCGGGAGAGGCACAAAAGAUCGAUCGCUUCAUGCUGAAAUUUGCUGAGCGCUACGUAACUCAAAAUCCUAACGCUUUUGCCAACGCGGACACGGCAUACGUUCUCGCCUACUCUGUCAUCAUGCUGAACACCGAUCAGCACAGUGCCAAGAUCAAGGGACGUCGUAUGAACAAGGAAGAUUUCAUCAAGAACAACCGGGGUAUCAAUGACAAUCAGGACUUGCCUGAUGAAUACCUGUGUUCGAUUUUCGAUGAAAUUGCACAAAAUGAGAUUGUACUGGAUACUGAACGGGAGCAUGCAGCAAACCUUGGUAUUUCUGCCUCUGCGCCUGCCGGUUUGGCGACCAGAGCCGGACAGGUCUUUGCGACAGUCGGAAGGGAUAUUCAGGGUGAGAAGUAUGCGCAGGCUUCGGAAGAAAUGGCCAACAAGACCGAGCAGCUUUAUCGCAGCUUGAUCCGGGCGCAGCGUAAGACAGCAGUCAAGGAGGCCCUUUCCCGCUUCAUCCCAGCGACCUCGGUUCGCCACGUCGGUUCCAUGUUCAAUGUUACAUGGAUGUCGUUUUUGUCGGGGUUAUCUGCUCCUAUGCAAGAUACACAGUACCUUGAACUGAUCAAGCUUUGCAUGGAGGGGAUGAAGCUGGCCAUCCGUAUCAGCUGCGCUUUCGAUUUGGAGACACCCCGAGUUGCUUUCGUGACAGCACUUGCCAAGUCCACGAAUUUGGGAAAUGUCAGGGAAAUGGUGGCGAAGAAUGUGGAGGCACUGAAGGCAUUGCUUGAUGUUGCUCUGACGGAAGGGAACCACCUUAGGGGCUCCUGGAGAGAGAUCCUUACGUGCGUCAGUCAGCUUGAUCGGCUCCAACUCCUCACCGAUGGCGUAGAUGAAGGCUCUCUACCAGACGUCUCUCGAGCUCGCAUUGUGACACAACCGUCCUCUGAUGGUUCUCGAAAGUCUAUGCAGGCAUCGAGACGCCCUCGUCCUCGGUCCGUUAACGGGCCUUCUGCCUUCCGCACCGAGGUCGCCAUGGAAAGUCGCUCUGUCGAAAUGAUCAGGGGAGUUGAUCGCAUCUUCACCAACACCGCCAAUCUGUCGCAUGAAGCCAUCAUCGAUUUUAUUCGGGCGCUAAGUGAAGUUAGCUGGCAGGAGAUCCAGUCGUCUGGGCAGACCGACUCUCCACGAACCUACAGCUUGCAGAAGUUGGUUGAGAUCAGUUACUACAACAUGACUCGAGUAAGAAUUGAAUGGUCGAAGAUUUGGGAGGUACUUGGACAGCACUUCAAUCAGGUGGGCUGCCACUCGAACACGACAGUGGUCUUCUUCGCUCUCGAUUCUCUUCGCCAGCUCUCAAUGCGAUUCAUGGAGAUCGAGGAGCUGCCAGGUUUCAAGUUCCAGAAAGAUUUCCUCAAGCCUUUCGAACAUGUCAUGGCAAAUAGCAGCGCUGUGACUGUCAAGGAUAUGAUUCUCCGCUGUCUCAUUCAGAUGAUCCAAGCGAGGGGCGACAAUAUCCGCUCUGGUUGGAAAACGAUGUUUGGUGUUUUCACAGUCGCUGCUCGAGAGCCCUACGAAGGCAUUGUUAACAUGGCGUUCGAACAUGUUACGCAGAUUUACAACACUCGCUUUGGGGUCGUGAUAACGCAGGGUGCUUUCCCUGACCUCAUUGUGUGUCUGACAGAGUUCUCUAAGAACUCGAGGUUCCAGAAGAAGUCGCUACAGGCGAUCGAAACCCUCAAGUCAACAGUUUCGAAGAUGCUGAGAACGCCAGAAUGCCCGCUUUCCAAUCGUGGUAACGCAUCAGAGGGUGCUCACGAGGAUGCCACCAACCUCACGCAACAACUUACUCGCCAAUCGAAGGAGGAGCAAUUCUGGUAUCCAAUCUUAAUCGCCUUUCAGGACGUUCUCAUGACGGGUGAUGAUCUUGAAGUCCGCUCGCAGGCACUGACUUACCUCUUCGAGACUCUGAUUCGGCAUGGCGGUGGAUUCCCCCAGGAAUUCUGGGAUGUCCUGUGGCGACAGCUUCUCUACCCCAUCUUCGUGGUGCUGCAGUCUAAAUCCGAGAUGUCUAAAGUACCUAACCACGAGGAGCUCUCUGUGUGGCUUUCUACAACGAUGAUCCAGGCUCUGAGGAACAUGAUCACACUUUUCACACACUACUUCGAUGCGCUGGAAUACAUGCUCGAUCGCAUUCUCGAACUUUUGACACUGUGCAUCUGUCAAGAAAACGACACCAUUGCGAGGAUCGGCAGUAACUGCUUGCAGCAAUUGAUCCUGCAAAAUGUCACCAAAUUCCAGCAGGAGCACUGGAACAAGGUCGUCGGUGCGUUCGUCGAGCUGUUCACCAAGACCACAGCCUAUGACUUGUUCACCGCCGCGGCUUCCAUCGCUUCCAAGCCCUCCCCCCCGGCCAAACCCGCAAACGGGGACGCAGCAAACAGCGAAGACAGCGCCAACGAAUCAGCCGAUACAUCUUCGGUCCAAGAGACAAGUAGUGUCGAUCCAUCCAAGAUUAAUGGAUCCCAAAACGUUGCGUCGGAGCACGAAGAGGGAGACAUGCCGACCGCUUCUAACCCCGCAUUGGAGGACUACCGGCCUCAAACGGAGGCGCAGCAACAACCCGCUGCGGUCACUGUUGCACGGCGUCGUUUCUUCAACCGCAUCAUCACCAACUGCGUGCUUCAGCUGCUCAUGAUUGAGACGGUCCAUGAGUUGUUCUCCAAUGACAAAGUCUACUCGCAGAUCCCCAGCCACGAGCUCCUCCGGCUCAUGGGCCUGUUGAAGAAAAGUUACCAAUUCGCGAAGAAAUUCAACGAAGACAAGGAACUACGGAUGCAACUAUGGCGUCAGGGAUUCAUGAAACAGCCUCCAAAUCUGCUGAAGCAGGAAAGUGGCAGUGCCGCCACUUACGUCCACAUCCUGUUCCGUAUGUAUCACGACGAGAGAGACGAGAGGAAGAGCAGCCGGGCGGAGACGGAAGCCGCUCUCAUCCCACUGUGCGCGGAUCUCAUUCGCAGCUUUGUCCGUCUGGACGAAGACUCGCAGCAUCGGAACGUCCUAGCCUGGCGUCCUGUCGUGGUGGAUGUCAUCGAGAGCUAUACCAACUUCCCCUCGGAAGGAUUCAACAAACACAUCGAAACCUUCUACCCCUUGGCCGUUGACUUGCUUGGCCGCGACAUGAACCCCGAGGUCCGCCUCGCCGUGCAGUCGCUCUUCCGCCGUGUCGGAGAGGUCAAACUGGGUCUCCCUCCUCGCCCGCAAUCACCCGCCAGUCAUCGAAACUCUGUGUCCAGCCAGCUUUCUCGUAAACACAGCGGCGGACGUUAAUGCACUGUCCGGAGCGGUUUCUCUUUCUCCCAAUUACCAAACUUUCCUCUCGAUAUUGAUCUGCUUGUCUGUGUGCCUUUUUUUUUCCUUCUUCUUGGAUAUCCUCGUCUUUCAUGAAUGGAAAGGCUUCGCUUGUUCUGGAAGGUCAUUGGAUGUAUUAGACUUAUUCUCCAUCAUAGCCUUCGUCUCUUCUUCUUCUUCUUCUUCUCCCCCUUACUUCUCUUAUUUGUGAUUCUCCCAAAUUCCAUUAUUAUCGAUAUCUGUGCAAGCGGGCUUUAUAUAUGUAUGUAC